CCGUCGAGCCGAAGCUGGAGCGGCAAGUGGCCCCGGAGCCACCCCCGCAAAGGGCGCGCCCAGCACACUUAUUCUGCCCCGGAGCAGCUCGGGUGCCCAGCCCUACGCAGACAACCGCUGCAGGAUGCUGCGUUCCACGUCCACCGUCACCCUGCUCUCUGGCGGCGGCUCCAGAGCGCCCGGGACGCCCAGCAGGAGGGCAAAUGUCUGCAGACUGCGGUUAACCGUGCCACCUGAAAGUCCAGUUUCAGAGCAAACUGAAAAGAAGAUUGAGAGAAGAGAGCAGCCUCCUGAACUAAGCAAUGGAGAACCUACCAGGAAACUUCCUCAGGGUGUUGUUUAUGGUGUGGUGCGAAGAUCCGAUCCAAAUCAGCAGAAAGAAAUGGUGGUGUAUGGGUGGUCCACCAAUCAGCUGAAAGAAGAGAUGAACUACAUCAAAGAUGUAAGAGCCACUUUGGAAAAAGUAAGGAAGCGGAUGUAUGGAGACUAUGAUGAGAUGAAACAGAAGAUUCGCCAGCUUACCCAGGAGCUAUCAGUUUCCCAUGCUCAGCAGGACUAUCUGGAGAGUCACAUCCAGACCCAGUCGUCAGCCCUGGAUAGUUUUAAUGCUAUGAACUCGGCUUUGGCUUCGGACUCCAUUGGCCUGCAGAAAACCCUUGUGGAUGUUACUUUGGAAAACAGCAACAUUAAGGAUCAAAUCAGAAAUUUGCAGCAGACGUAUGAAGCAUCGAUGGACAAGCUACGGGAAAAGCAGAGGCAGUUAGAGGUGGCGCAAGUGGAGAACCAGCUGCUGAAACUGAAGGUGGAAUCUUCUCAAGAAGCCAAUGCUGAGGUGAUGAGAGAGAUGACCAAGAAGCUGUACAGCCAGUAUGAAGAGAGGCUGCAAGAGGAGCAGCGGAAGCACAGCGCUGAGAAGGAGGCGCUCCUGGAAGAAACCAACAGUUUUCUGAAAGCAAUUGAAGAAGCCAAUAAAAAAAUGCAAGCAGCAGAGAUCAGCCUGGAGGAGAAAGACCAGAGGAUUGGGGAGCUGGACAGACUCAUUGAACGCAUGGAGAAGGAACGGCAUCAACUGCAACUCCAACUCCUGGAGCAUGAAACAGAAAUGUCAGGGGAAAUCACUGAUUCUGACAAGGAAAGGUAUCAACAGCUGGAGGAGGCAUCAGCCAGCCUGCGAGAACGGAUCAGACACCUAGAUGACAUGGUGCAUUGCCAGCAGAAGAAAGUCAAGCAGAUGGUUGAAGAGAUCAUGUCGCACGAGCUCUUCUCCAGAUUUAGUCUACGGCUCUUUGGAAGAUGAUACACUGGUAUUCUGCUCUGUGUGGAAGCGAUUCCCUCUGCUGCUCCUGAUUAGAAGAACACUUGUACGCCCUCUGCAGGAAGAGGUGGUAUUUACUGUGAUGAGCCAAGGAACAAAAGAGGAAGGACAUUCUGUUCAAAAGAAAAUUGGAUCCUGUGGGGCUCUCAUUUGUGAAAACACCCACAUACUGUGACCUCAACUUGUACAUCAUAAAACUGCAGAGUCUGGAGAAAUCCGAGAUCCACAGAGCACUUUUUAGACAUUUAGGUUCUCAGACAUCAGGAAAGAACCACAAUGAAAAAGACUACUCACCAUAAUUCAGGAAGUGUAGAUUGACCUAGGAUCUUGGAACAUGAAUCCUUUCUUAUGGAAAAGCUGCUGAGAACACCAGAUAUAGUGAUGGGAAGAGAACUUGAAGAACUUCAGUGCCCUGAGAAGGAAGUGUGCCCCACUGGAUCACACCUCACAAAAGACAAGCAGUGCCAUGUCCCUGUAGUGUGAUUGCAUUUGGGAAGUGGCCCUCAGGUGUCCUUUCCCAAUGGGUAUCAACACUAGUAGGCUCUCUCUCCUUGUUUGUUUAAGGAAAGUUUAUCCAACCUGGGCAUUUUGCCAGAUUGGACAGUUCAACAAACCUCGUGGAAAGAGAAGUAUGUCUGAUGAAACUAUUUGGCUAAAAUAUACUGAAGUGAAAUAUAGCUCAUGUAUACUUUAUUUUUAUAGAGGUCUUUCUGGACAUCCACAAGUGCUGGUUUUUCAUCAAAACUUAACAGUGUUGCUGGGAACUAGUUGGUCGUAGCAGCAGCAGUCUUAGUGAAGGGGGUAUUAGCUUCUGUAAACCAGUGGACUGGGCUAAUGGAGGUAGUUCAUGGGGAGGCCCACCAUGCCUCUGACACUGGAUAGUUCUCUCCCCUCACAUCUUUGUGGAAAAGCAGGUAUGCAGAUGUUUUCUUGUCCGCAUUUGCCCUUAGUCUUUCAUUUUGAUAUUUCUAUCCGGCCCUUUUCCAGUCAUUCCCUACUUGCUUCAGCCACUUCUGAAAUUAACUGCUACUAAGUAGCUGCAACCAGUUUACCCUGUGCCUGGUGCUCCAUUUAAACAUGGAUCCCACACACCCUUCUGAGCAUCCAGAGUUCCACAGGACCUGGAGUGAGCUUGAAGAACAGCUCACCUGGACGCUACACUGUGGCGGUGACUUACACUGUUUCCAGGAAUUCCUCUACUCAUCCCAUGUUUUUCUAAGUCUCUGGUGGAAAAGUCUCUGGCAUUUGUUCUAGUGGAAUAGAUUCAUUACCCACUUUCAAAAGGUGCGAUAAUCGGAAUGAAGGGAGUGCCAUGACCUUCAGAGAUAGUGGAGCACCAGCUGAGUCCCUCAGGUGGUGGGCUCCCCUGUUUCUUCUCUCUUUUGGAUAUGGACAAUACCUGGAGGCCAGAAAGGCCUUGUUUUGGGGAGCAGAUAGUAGAGGUCCAAGCAUCUCUAUUAACCUUAGAGUACCUCCUAAAUAUUAUGGCCUAGAGCCUCAUUACAGCUUCCUCUCAUCCUGGCCGUGGUCCUGGGCUAAUUCAUGAUCUUCUCAAAUCUGCGUUCCUUCCUCACACAACUGGUAUUCAGCUGCUCUUCUCUGCCUUUUCUGGUGUCCUCCAGUUCACUUCUUUCUUGCCUGGGGAUGUGGUAGGAACUUGAAUUACUGCCUAGCAAAACCCGAGUUGUGUGUUCAAACGCACCCCAUCCCCAGCCUCCCUCGCCCUGCCCUUAACUGCAUCUCCUCUCCUGUCUGGAUGCUCCCACCCAAAGGAGGUGCUCCUUGAUAGUUUGAGGCAGAAUUUAUUUAUAGUAUAUGAAAAUGUUAGAGUUUUGAAGUCUAAUGUUAAAUAUGGUAUUAGUUACAUCCUUGUUUUAAAAACCUUAAUACUUUAUCCAAAAUGCAAAACUAUUAGAAGGAGCAUAAUUGUGUGAACCUUUGUUCUCUACGUAUUCUUGCAAGAACUAUCACAGUGCACUUGAUGAUAGAGCUUGAUUAAUGUUUUCAUGGCACCAGUGUCUUCCCUAGGGAGAAGGUCUUUUCUUUGUAAAUGUCACUGAAUCCAUGUUCUCUUUAUUGAACUUGUUUCUCAUUUGCUUUGAACUAUUCUCAGAGACCUGGCUGACCAGUUUCUGUCCCUAGGAAGUUCAGGAGGCUGAGUAGUUCAUGUUCCAGGUCCCUACCAGCUGUUGAGCAUGUCUCUUUUUUCAAGGCUGUGUAUACAGACCUCACAUUCCCACAUUCACCCCCUCUGAGUGGUUUCCAUUACUCUAUUUUUAAGUCCAGGAAACUGAGUCUUACAGUCUUAGAAAAUAAGUAGCCAGAAGUCUCUCAACAAAUAAUGGUGGUGCUGGUUCCACUCCAAGGUCUUUGACUCCAAAGCUAGCUUCUUCUCAGUUUUUUGAUUGAGGGAAAAAAAAUCAAGCUAAAGAAAAUUAGAGAUAACAAUAAAAAACUCCACAUACCAUUUUCUAGAAUUAAAAAAUGCUGACAUUUUGACAUGUUUUUGUUUCUGUUUUUUAAAAUAAAAGGAAACAUUGCAGAUAAAGAACAGGUUCUUCUUCUUUUUUUAAUUCCAUCCAAUUCUACCCCUUUUCCCACUUCUACCCUUCCUUCUCCUUCAGAGGCAAUUUGGUGUCUAUCCAGGCCAUGAAUCCAUACUUUUAGUACAGAGAUAUGUGUUUAUUAUUAGUAUAUGGCUUAUUUUGUGUUGAAAAUUUUUUGCAUAGAUUUUAAUCUAUACUGUAGAAAAUAAAUCAUAUUAUACACAUUUUGCAACUUACUCUGUAUUUGUGUGUGUGUGUGUGUGUGUGUGUGUGUGUGUGUGUGUAGUACUGAGGAUUGAACCCUGGGGUGCUCUACCAUCGAGCUACAUCUUCAGCCCUUUUAAAAAUUUUGAGACAAGUUCUCACUAAGUUGUUGAGGUUUGCCUUUAAGUUGUGAUCCUCCUGCCUUAGCCACCUGAGUUGCUGAGAUUACAGGUGUGUGCAUGGUACCCAGCUGCAAAUUACUCUUUUUUUCUUGUUUUGUUUUUGAUGUUAUUACAUAUACAUUUAAAUUAUUUAUUUCAUUGGCUGCCUAAUAUAUUUUUAUCUGAAUGUAUUGUAAUUUGUCUAACCUGUUGAUAGACAUUUAUUAGUUUCCCAGGUUUAUUAUUCAACAAACUGCAUCAAACAUACCUCCAUCUUCUCUAACUGGGAAAUACCCUUGCAGGAGGAAUGGCCAGGGCGUGGGGUUGAUGCAGCUUAGCUUUACUGGAUACUGCUCAUGUGCUUUCCAAAGCAUUCCUACAUUACGUCAUAUAUGAGAGGGAAGAAUUCUCCAAAUGCUCAUCACCACCUGGCACUGUGUGGACUAUAAUUUUGUCCAGUUAUGAAAUAGCAUCUCAUUGUUUUAAUUUUAAUUUGCGUCAGCCUGACUUCUACCCAUUCCAGAUCUCUUGACUGAGCAACUUUUCAUAAGCUCCUUGACCAUUCAGGUGUCUUCCUUCAUGUAUAUGGGUGAUAAUACAUCCUCUGUUCAUGUUUAUAUUAGGUUUUUAUCUUUUCUCCUGCUGGUUUGUAUAAACUCUCCAUAUUAUUAAUAUUAAUCACUUAUCAAAAACAUUUGGGUGACCUAGUCAAUGGUGCUUGUUUGUGGUGUCUCAUAUUGUACGACUUUUAAAUCUUGGUAAAGUUAUCAGUCCUUUUGUGCUCUGCUGUACAUCUUGUUUGUUGUAAAGAUAUUUUCUGUAACUGUUUUGAAGUUUUGUUUUUCUUCUUUAGGUCUUUAAUUAUGCCCCAUGUGCCCAUCCCUUCCGUCCUUUCCCUACUCCAUUUUUUCAUGUAGCACUUAUUGCCUGCUAAUGCACUUUGUACUUCUCCUGUCAGUUUUACUUAUUUAUUUUGUUGUUUUCUCAUUGCUAGAAUGUAAGCUCUAUGCAGGCAGGGACUUUUGUCUGUUGUGCUCAUGGCUGUAUCCCUGAUACUUGGCAUGGUCACUGCCCUGUAGGAGGUGUUCAAUAAAUAUUUAUUUGAUAAAGAAUAAUCCAUGUGGGAUUUAUUUUUUUGCAUAUGGUAUGACUAAGGCAUCUUUUUAUUUCGCUCAUGAAAGCUUGUUUCUUAAAACCAUUUUUUUUAAUGUCACCUUUGUAAAAUUGUACUUCUUUGCCCUGUGCCACUGUCUUUGAAUACUUCUGUCCUCCUGCCCCUCUGCUGAAGUCUAAAGGAAAACCCAGGCCUUUGCUUAGUGGGAGUGGGAUUGAGGCAGAGCCAGGAAUAGCACACAGGGAGCUCUCCUCUGAUGGGACAGUUAGUAAACAUGGAAGAAGUACCUUUUGUGAACUGAGUCCAGAAAUAGACAUGCGUUCCUGCUCUCAGAGGACUUUCUGGCUGACAUUUCAACUCCUCAGGUCUGAGACAGAAUAAGUGAUACGUCCAGUUGUGAGCUUUGUGUACUGGGAACACAGAAGCAGGACCGCAUAGUGGUUAAGUUUGAAGGUCCUAAGUAAAUGAAAUCUGGCUUUGCAUCCUGCCUCUGCUCCUGAUCAGGCUUUGUAUCUUGAACAAAUGACUUAUCCUUUCCAAGAUUCUGAUUCCUAAUCAAUAAAAUAAGAAUAAUCAUCAUAGGACUUCCUCCACGGAUGAUUAUAAGGUGGCUGUAAGGGCCACUGAGAGCAUGCAUGCCAAGUGCUAAUAGCACAGUGCCUAUAAAUCAGUACUAAAUUUGGUGUGGGCGGAGAGACUUCAGGGAGGAGGUGGUGUUGGACUGGGUCUUGCAGGAUAGCUUGAAUUUUUUGAGGCAGGAAUUGAAUGAGUGGGAAGGGUUAUACCAGACAAGAUAUAGAAUAAAUAAAAACAAAAACAUGGAGGCCAGAAAGCAUAGGGUGAGUCCAGGGAACACUGAUCUAGUUUGACUGGAUUAGAGGAGAGAUUGCUAAAUGAAGAGGCUGGAAAUGUAGGUUGAGAGUAGUCGUGGUAGGUGGUCAACACCAAGCCAAGAAAAAUCGUCUUUAUUACUUUGCUCAUAAUUCCUCAGUGGCUCCCUAUUUCCUGAUCAUAUCUGAGUCUCUGAUUGAGGUUUUUGGCAGUGGGUGCUGG